AACAAUAUUGUUAUAAGCCUGCAAGUGUCAGUUUAGUUUCGGUGUCUGGUUUGAAAAAAGAAUGUCAGGAAAAUUUAAUUACUAAUAAACAUUUAACUACAUACUGUACGCUCACACUUUUUUUUCUUUACUGCAAUGCUCAUCUCAGAUGAUAGGAAGCCAUUAGAUUUUAAGGCUAAAGCACCUGUUUCCAUAUUUUUAGACGAUGAAAGAGCCGAUUAUAAACCUGGCUGUUGUAUUUUAGAAAUCUUAUUUCCAGAACCUGUUACGAUAGGAGACAUUCGCUUUAGAAACAAUUAUACAGCAUUUAUAGGUGUGUCAUGUAAAAAGGUGGCUGCAGAGAAGGAUGUUAAAAACAGAGACAUACUUCCUUGGCAGGCAUCUGUCAAACGUUUUAUUCUGAUGCAAGAUCCUGACUGUGAAAAAAAUUCUCAAGAUAUUGUUUCUAUUCCUGCUAAAGAAAGCUGCAUUCCAUUGGUUGGUGUAGUCAAUGUACGAUUUGUCUUGAAACAACCAUCAUUUAGAUGGAAAAAAUUUGGAAUAGAAGAGUUGGCAUUUUAUGGAGAGAUUACAGCAAAGGAUGUUAAACAGAUAUCGAUUACUCGUCCUUUAUCGGCAGCAUCUCGAUUGUCCGAAUGCAAGACAAGCAUUCCAGAUAUUGAUAAAAGUGAGAAUGUAAUUAGUUCUAAAGCAAGGUAUAUGUGGACCAUAUCUGAAUUGAUGAGAGAUAAACAAGCUACUGGGAGUGCUGUUGGAAGAUUUGAGAGUUUAGAAUCCAAUUCCAGUGAUGUUGAAGAUGUUUCAAGUGAUUAGUUAUUAUUUUCUGCAACAAGUCAUAAGAUGAUUAUUCUUCUCAUAACACUAUUUAGCUAUAAAUGGUAUACAAACUUGCUACAAAAUUUCUUAUUUAAUCUGCACUCGUUUUAAGUUAUUCCACAAGCCGGUAGAUCAUAGUGAAAUAACUUAUUGCUGUUUUAAGUCUUGUGUACUGAUGAUGAUGACCUAUUUGAUUCCAUUGAUUAUUUUUAAAUUGGAUAAAACCGGGUAAAAAUUUAUUUUCUAUUUCCAUAUGCAUAUGUAUCCCAAAAUUCA